AUGGCGAAUAACAUAGAUGACGACGCGUAUAUUGCAGAGUUACUAAAGCAAGACGCGAAGACGGCCGCAAAGAAAUAUGAACUCGUAGGCAUUGAUGCCUUCAACCCGAGGAGAAUGAAUUCGCGCGCGCCGAAGCCGAACAAAAACUUCUUGCGACACAUUAUCCGCCAGACUGAUAGUCAUAAUGCCGCGCUCCUUGCAAGAGAGGCCGAGGAAUCGCGUGCUCGGCUCAGGAAGUUGAAUGGCGAGGGAAAAUUUGGACAAGACGAGGGACGAUUGACCCCAGUGCCAGCCCACGACGACUCAUGCGAGACGCACUCGAGCAGACGGCGCAAUCAUAGAGACGACGGUGAUAGACACGGGAAAAGAGCUAGAGAAGAAGAAAGAGAGAGUUCUAGAGAUGCGCUAACCCGCAGACAUCGUGAUAGGAGUAGGGACAGGCAACGCCGUAAAAGGAGUUACGACAGCGAAGAAGAGGAUUCUUCUCGAAAGAAGCGCAGGCGCUCGCGAUCACCCCACGAUAGAACGCAUAGGCGCGAAGAAAAGGACAAAGAACAAGGCCGAAGGUCUCGAAAGAGAGAACACGAAGAGCGCAAAGACCGUAGACACAGACACAGAUCCUAUUCGAGGACACGCUCGCGAUCCCGAUCAUUAACACAGCGAUCUGACAGACACGAUAGACGACGCAAACAUAGAAAUCCGAGUCCAUCUCCGCGAGGCGAUUCAAAAAGUACAAGGCGAGAACGGGAUUCUCACAAAUAUUCCUCAAGUUCAAAACGCCGAGCUGCCUCACCGGCAUCCGACUCCGAUCCCCUUGAAGCCAUCGUUGGGCCACUACCACCACCUCCCGAACCUACCGUACGAUCCAAAGGCCGCGGUGCCUUUAAACCGAACUCCAUGGGUAUCGAAUCGCGCUUCUCUUCCACAUAUGACCCAAAAACAGAUGUGCGGGUAAACUCUGACGUUGAAGAUGACUGGGGCGAUGCUCUGGAAGCUUUACGUGAUCGCGCACGCUGGCAACAACAAGGCGCUGAAAGGCUCAAGGCUGCGGGUUUCACAAACAAUCAAGUCAAGAAGUGGGAGAAGGGUGAUCUUCCGAACGAGGAGGAUGUGGUAUGGAGUAGGAAGGGUCAGGCGAGGGAGUGGGAUAGAGGGAAAGUCGUAGAUGAAGACGGCGAUGUUGAGUUGAAGGCUGAUUUUGGGCGGUUGAAAUAA